AGGCGCCAACGCACUGCAGAAAUGACACAGAAGAAGAAAUAUCAGGAAGUGUGAGGUCGAUCGUCAACGUGAGCGGAGAAAUUUGUUGAUCAAAUGGAUGGUGUGUCAGGUGAUAUCAUGGUGACCUCAACAAACAGGAAGUGCUCUGCUGUCACAGGAAGUGCCCGAAAGAUCAAAGAUAAUGCGGCUGACUGGCACAACCUGAUGCUGAGGUGGGAAAAACUCAACGAGGAUGGAUUCAAUGUCGCAGCAUACAUCGUUAAUAUGAGACUUUCUCAGAACAGUCAGCUGCAGCUGGUGGACCAGUCUUCAUCACUUUCAUCAGCUUCAGCAGCUCCAGCAGCUCCAGCAGUUGGCGCUGCAGAGCUGCAGGAUGAAUGCUGCAAACUUCAGGACGUUGUUGACAAAAUGGUCACUGUGGUGAAGAAGAUGGAGCAACUGAUGACAUCACAGCGAGGCAUUCAGGAUCUGGAGGAAUUCCAGUUCGGACCCGAAGGAAGAAAGUGUCCUCUGUUUCACACCUGGAACACCAAACAGUUUAAGUUGUUGUCUGGUGUCCUGUGGGAAGCCUUCAGUCAGGAGCUGAAAUUGAAGCAGACAAUCCUGCAGGAACUCGCCCACACUGAGACUUCUGACCUGUGCAUGGUCUACUUGUCUUGCUGGCUGCACCAGCCCUUUAUACCCCCACAGAUCAGACUUACCCUGGAGUCUGUGUUGCUGGAGACGGGGCACCGGCCACUGUAAUGUCAUCUGCCGCCCAGGGUCAUGAGGUCAAUGUCGGGGUCAUCUCUGAGAAUCCAGGUGUUAGCCUGGGUUAAAGGCGGUUUAGGAGUAAUUUACUAGCCUAGUAGUCUGAUUAACAUUUCUGGCUUAUUGAACAGGUGUAGAAAUAGAAACAGGUAAACUCAGGUGAGUUCACCUGCAGCCUGGACUUUAACUCUUUCAUGUCCACCAGACAUGCAAGUUGAGCUUUUCUUUCGCUGUUAUCUUUACUGUACUAAUGUCUAUUUAUUAAGUGCUGACAUUAAAUAAACAAGUAUUUCAUUUGUUACUUAAAAAAGUAAAACUAGUUUUUGUUUUGUUUGACGUCUUUAGAGUUUUAUUUACUGGUGAGAAAAUACAACUGAAGUACAACGUAUCUGGUAAUUCAGAAACUACGAGACACUGAUGUGUCACUCUGAGAAUUUAUUAAAGAUGCAAUGUUCACAACGAUGAACAAAAGCUACUCAGACAGAGAGCGUGAUUUGAGUUUGUCACAUCAGUUUAUUGGAGGAACAUGAAAUAUGUUAAAUGCAUUCAGCACUUGAACGAUCAACAUAACAAAUCAAUAAACUUUGAUUUCCUCAAAACUG